AUGGGAAGAACACAGGAAAGGACCGGAUUUGGAGGAAAAAAAAGGAGUCGUUGGAAAUCUUUGGCUUGUGAUGUUGGAAGUGACCCUCCUCUUCAGCUCCUGCUACAGACGGCUUCACCGGGCAUGCUCCUUAAGCCAAAGUAUGGCCGCUUUCGCAAUGAGUCUGUGACCUCCUCUGAUGACCUGAUGCAGAGUUUAGCCAUGACGGGCAAAGUGGUGGCCACACCAGUGGUAUCCUCCUCUACGCCAAGCCUCCCUCUGCCACCCAUGCCUCCUCUAGAACCUGGCCUUCGGUCCUCCGCGUCGAAUGGAGCUGCAGCGCUGGCAGACUCGCCUUGUUUAGAUGGAGAGCAGGAUGGUACUACAACCUUCUGUAUGCUCAUCCCUAAAAUGCCUCAGUGGAAGUUUUCCAACUCGCUGCUCAGUCGUAGCCCGUCUAAUUCCAGCUCCAGUUCAAGCUCUAGCAAAGACUCUGGGAGAGCAGCAGGGACACACUCCCAGACCUCUGCCUCUCCUUCCUCCUCUUCCUCACAUAGGCUAAAUGUGGCGUCCAGUGGCCCAGUGGCAAGUCUGGCAGCGGUGCUUAACUCUUGCGACCCUGUGUGUGUCACCACAUGUUCCUUACAGGCCAUCCGGGGGCAAAGGGCUGCAGCUUCAGCAAGUUCAACCAACCCGGGUGGACACAGCUUUGGAGCCACAGAGGCCAUGGGCAGUCCUGGGACAAUCAGCUGCAGAUCAGGACUCAACCGCAGGACACGAGGAGAUGGAGCAGUGUGGCUUGGGAGUGAGGAGUUCAGCCAGAAAAGCAGCUUCAUCCAUAAACCUACCCAAGGCUGGCUGCAUCCUGACAAGAAGAUAACAGGGCCAGGUGCCUCUUACAUCGUCAGGUACAUGGGCUGUAUUGAAGUACAGAAGUCCAUGCGCUCUUUGGACUUCAGCACGCGCACUCAGGUGACCAGAGAAGCCAUCAACAGACUGUGUGAAGCUGUACCUGGAGGAAAGGGUGUGUGGAGAAGGAAGGCACUAAAUAAAGCUCUACAGUCCAUCAUGGGUAAAAGUAACCUUCGGUUUGCAGGCAUGAGCAUUGCUGUCAAUAUUUCCAUUGAGGGCCUCAGCCUCCUCAUCCCAACCACACGACAGGUGAUCGCGCACCACCCUAUGCAGUCCAUUUCUUUUGCCUCUGGGGGAGACACGGAUACUCCAGAUUAUGUUGCCUAUGUGGCCAAAGACCCAGUAAAUCAAAGAGCUUGUCAUAUCCUGGAGUGCUCGGAUGGGUUAGCUCAGAGUGUCAUCAGCACAAUCGGUCAGGCUUUUGAGCUGCAGUUCAAACAAUACCUACACAGCCCCCCAAAGACCAUGACAUCUGCUGAAAGGUCAGUGAGGCCAGAGGAGCCGGUGUGGGCGGAGGAGGAGGACUUCUCAGAUCAUGACUAUUAUAAUAGCAUCCCAGGGAAGGAGCCCCCUGUUGGUGGAGUGGUGGACAGUAGGCUGCGACCCAGUGCAUCUCUGCUUGGCCACAUUCACACACAACCUCAGAGCAGGAACUCUUUACAGAGGGGCUCGGGGACUCGGAGGGAGCUGACCUCACACCCUCCUGGUCAGCUCUGUUAUGAACUGCACUGGGACACUGACGACAGCUCAGGGUUGACCUCUGAUGGAUAUCUGUGUGCUGAUGGCCAUCCUUCUGCAAACAAGGACUAUGAAGAGCACCAGUACGUCAACACACAAAGUCUAGACAACCUGGAGUCUCUGAAUGAACACUGUGCAGCUAAGGCUCCCGACAGCCCCAAGAAAGACCUGUUUGACAUGAGGCCGUUUGAAGAUGCGCUAAAGCUGCACGAGGCCAGCGGUGGACUUGGGGGCUCGGCCGGACUUGGGGGCUCUGGUGGACUUCCCCAGGAUCAGUGGCCCAGUCCUCCGCGGCGUCGGGCCCCUGUGGCUCCAAACGAGGAGCAAUUGCGGAGAGAAGCGUGGUAUCACAGUCGCAUGAGUCGCAGGGACGCAGAGAAACUCCUGAUCCGAGAUGGGGACUUCUUGGUCCGGGAAAGCACGACCAAUCCGGGCCAGUACGUGCUGACCGGCAUGCACUGCGGCCUCCCCAAACACCUGCUACUGGUGGAUCCCGAAGGAGUGGUGCGGACCAAAGACAUGUUGUUUGAAAGCAUUAGAGACGACCAUAGGAAUCCCUGCAUGUUACGAUUCAAACUGGCAUGA